AUUCGGAGUGCCUACGUACUCACCAAUAAUAAUAGGCUGCAAAAAGAAAAUAUGCGCAGCGUACCGAGAUCAUCGAUAGCAUUUCUCACGGCGGAAGCGAUGAUACAAGAUGUAUCAAGGAGUCGCUGCGAAACAUUGCUCAGGGAAUACAGCAACGAGCAACAAUUUGCUGUUUGUUUGGGAACGUCAAGAUUCGCUGGAUUUAUAAUACGUCCAAGUGAACGUGUUAGGACUGCAUUGGCAAGUCAGCAUGUAUUCUCGGUAUUGCGUGGUACCUCAACCUUAAAACCGCGUGCAACCUGGAUCAACAUCUUGUGCCGUUUGUAUCGUCACACCAAGAUGACUGUUGUCAACGGUGCAUUUGAAUCUACUACACCUUCUUUGAAAUCCUGUGAUAGUUAUCCGACUUUGGACGCUGGUAAGAGUGACCAUGUCCCAUGGACCCAUCCGUUGCUGCGCACGACAAUACUCGUUUUAUGGACUUGCAAGGAGCCGAGUAUGGUCUCUGUAAGUGAUCUUCCUCGCCACAUCAUUCUCAGUGCCGACUGAGGGAUGACUUACCAUGUCGUUGUCACGGGCACGCUCAUUGUUUACCAGACAAAGCCUCA